AUGGUCGACACGGAGCAAACAGAUGCUCCCAGUGAGCCCCAGGGCCGACAUGUAACAUACUGUGGAGUAUGCACUCUGCCGCCGGAAUACUGCGAGUAUGGCGGGACCGUCAAGAAAUGCCAGGAUUGGCUACAAAAGGCUCAUCGUCCGCUCUACGACAGGAUCUGGUCGCCAGAAGCCCUAGAAGCAGCAACCGCCUCCCUCUCCGUCGAAGCCCAAAAGCGCGCCGCCAAAGACGCGCAGAAGAAAGCCGCACAAGCCGAGAAAGCCGAGCAGAAGCAAGCGGACCGGAUGGCCAAUAGCGUCAUCACGAUCAAGCGGGUGGAGCGGAACAAGCGCAAGUUCGUGACGGCGGUGUCGGGGCUCGAGGCGUUCGGGCUCGACCUCAAGAAGGUAGCCAAGGAGUUCGGCAAGAAGUUCGCCACGGGGUCUUCGGUGACCAAGGUACCCAGCGGCGGUGAGGAGAUCGUGGUACAGGGUGACGUCAGUGAUGAGAUUGAAGAGUUUUUGCUCGAGAAGUACAAAGAUAUUCCCGAGGAUAAUAUUGAGUUGGUUGAUGAUAAGAAGAAGAAGGGGGCGGCUGCUGGAUAA